AGGAAAGGGGGAGGAAGCACGGAAGGGUGGUGAUAAUUUGGUGAUGUUGGGUGCGUCAUCACCGUUUACAUUUUGUUGGUUGUUUGACCACAAAGAUGUUUAUCCAGUGACAAAAUUUGGAUGUUCCUGCCAAGGAUAAGGAAUUUGUUGUUGGUCAUAGAGGUUAGUCGUCGAAGAAGAACCGGAAUCGUAUCGUCUGUUUCGUUGUUUGUGGGAUCGUCGCCCCAUUGGGAAAAUGGCGCUGACCCAACCGAGUGUCAAUUGCAGUUUAGACGACAUUGAUCUCAACAGUUUAAAGGAUCCUGCUGGAAUUUUUGAAUUGAUUGAAGUGGUAGGAAAUGGCACAUAUGGACAAGUGUAUAAGGGUCGUCACACAAAAACUGGACAGUUGGCUGCAAUUAAAAUUAUGGAUGUCGCAGAGGAUGAAGAAGAAGAAAUUAAACUUGAAAUUAAUGUUUUGAAAAAGUUUUCUCACCAUCGCAAUAUUGCCACUUACUAUGGAGCCUUUAUUCAAAAGAGUCCACCAGGCAAAGAUGAUAAGUUAUGGUUGGUUAUGGAAUAUUGUGGAGCAGGUUCUGUAACUGAUUUAGUAAAAUCCACCAAGGGUCAAUGUUUAAAAGAAGAAUGGAUAGCUUAUAUAUGUAGAGAAAUUCUCAGGGGUUUGAGUCAUCUUCAUGGGAAUAAAAUCAUUCACAGAGAUAUUAAAGGACAGAAUGUAUUACUAACUGAUAAUGCUGAAGUAAAACUAGUGGAUUUUGGUGUAAGUGCUCAGUUAGAUCGAACAAUUGGAAGGAGAAACACUUUUAUAGGAACUCCUUAUUGGAUGGCUCCUGAGGUAAUAGCCUGUGAUGAAAAUCCAGAUGCCACUUAUGAUAAUAGGAGUGAUUUAUGGUCUCUAGGUAUUACUGCUUUAGAAAUGGCAGAAUCACAGCCACCUCUAUGUGAUAUGCAUCCAAUGAGAGCAUUAUUUCUCAUUCCAAGAAAUCCACCGCCGCGAUUAAAAUCCAAAAAGUGGUCUAAAAAAUUUCAUAGUUUUAUAGAAACAGUCCUUGUCAAAGAUUAUCAGCAGCGUCCUUACACUGAUCAGUUAUUAAAACAUCCUUUUAUUCGAGAUCAGCCAACAGAAAGACAAGUGAGAAUUCAAUUAAAAGAUCAUAUUGAUCGAUGUAGGAAACAUAAAAGAGGUGAUGUUCAAGAGGAAUUUCAUUAUCCUGGAAGUGAAGGUGAAGAAGAAGAUGAUGGUGGUUUAGCUGGUGAACCUAGUUCUAUUGAACCUCUUCAACGUGAUUCUACAUUACGGCGGAAUUUUCAACAGCUACAAGAAGGCCGUACGUUAACAUCCAACGAUGCGCGACCUAGUUCAAGCAGUUUUCAACAACCUUCUGUCCAAGUAGAAACUCCAGCACCACCCCACAGGCAUCCUGUGCCACAAAGAUUAAUUGUUGUUCCUGAUCCUCCCCCACCCAGUAAACCACUUCCUCCUAUUCCUGUAGAAGAUGAGAAAAAAGAAACAAGACCAGCUACUCCUCCUAGAAAUCAUCAACAACAAGCCGUACCUCAGAAAAGUCGAAAUUCUGGACUAUAUAAACCUCAAAUUCGUAGGCCUGAAGAUCUUGAAGUUUUAGCUGCACAAUUAAAUGAAUUAGCAGCUAGUAGCAGUGGUGGAGGUGGAAGUCCAGCAAAUCGCAUGAUUGUUGGAAAUGGAAAAAUUCCAACAUCAUGUGCAUCUGAAACUUCAAAAAUAAAUGGUACCACUCCAGAACAGGGUCCUUUAGGUGUAAAUAUUGGUUCAGAUUCUGAAGAUGAUGAUGAAGAUGGUCUUGUACAAAAUGAUGGAACAUUAUUAGCAUCUGAUCCACCACGUCCUUUCUCUUCUUCUGAUUCCUGUAAUUUGCCUUGUGCAUGCAGGCCUCCUGACUGCUAUAGUCAUGAUCCUAUGAAGACUUUAGUUGUCCAUGAAGAAUCUUCAAACAGUCAGGCUCCUCAUCGUCCUCUACCUCCAACUCCAGAUGAAGAAAAUAAUGACGGAACUUUAGUAGUAAGAAGAAAUCAUUCAAAUAAGCAUGACUCGAGACAUGGAAAACACGAGUCAUCAGGAAAAGAACAUAGGGUAAAAGAAAGAUCAAGUGCCAAUCUAGAAAGAAAUCAUCGAAAAAGAGAUUCUGAUCCCUCAAAUCACAGGGAAAAGGAAUCCCAUAAGAAUGAUGCUAAAAGAACACCCCUUCAAAAGACUUCUUCAUCACCAUUUCCCCUAAUUGGUCCUUCAAGCUACAAUAGAGAGUCCAAAAAGUGGGAUAAAUACUCUCCUUCUAGGACUGAGAGUAAGAUGGAACAUAAAGAAUCUACUAGGCAUAGCUCAACAGGAGAGAGUGGAAGCCGCUCUAACAUUCAAAGAAUAGAAACGUCACAAAGUUCACCCAGCAAUAUUGGAAUGACCGUCAUAAGAUCCAAUACUAGUAAUGUUCUUCCAGAUCUGUUGCCUCAACAUACAACAUCAGCUCAUCCGUCAUCACCUCAGCAUAGGUCUCAAGAUCAAAGUACAUCAGAGGAGUAUCGACAGGCUAUUGGUAAAACCCCACCGCAACUUCAACACAAACAACGUUCGUUCCUCACGUUUGGUUUUGGAGCCGGAGGAACGGGUCCUUCUCCUUCGCCACGUCGUGAAAGUCAUGUUAAUGUUAAUGUUACACCUACGUCACAUGAGACAACGUCAGACACUCCUGAAAUUAGGAAAUAUAAGAAGCGUUUUAACUCUGAAAUUUUGUGUGCAGCACUUUGGGGUGUGAAUCUUCUAAUUGGUACUGAAAAUGGCUUGAUGCUACUAGAUCGAAGUGGACAAGGAAAAGUAUAUCAACUAAUUUCUAGGCGUCGAUUCCAACAAAUGGAGGUUUUAGAAGGUCAAAAUAUCCUUGUCACUGUGUCGGGGAAAAAAUCAAGAGUUCGAGUUUAUUACUUAUCUUGGUUAAAGAGCAAGAUUCUAAGAACUGAUGGGCAAGUAGAAAAACGAAGUGGCUGGAUUAAUGUUGGAGAUUUACAGGGUGCUGUACAUUUUAGGAUAGUUAAAUAUGAAAAGAUAAAAUUUCUGGUCAUUGCUUUAAAAGAAAGUGUUGAAAUUUAUGCAUGGGCUCCAAAACCUUACCAUAAGUUUAUGGCAUUUAAGUCAUUUCCUGAUUUAAUACACAAGCCAUUAUUGGUGGAUAUGACAAUAGAAGAGGGUAUACGAUUAAAAGUCAUAUAUGGUUCUCCAGAAGGUUUUCAUGCUGUUGACAUUGAUUCGGGUGCUGUUUAUGAUAUUUACAUUCCAGCUCAUACCCAAGGUCUUAUCUCUCCCCAUACGAUUGUAACUUUGCCAAAUUCCAAAGGAUUGCAACUGUUGUUAUGUUAUGAUAAUGAAGGUGUAUAUGUUAAUACAUAUGGAAAAGUCAGUAAAAAUAUUGUUUUACAAUGGGGAGAAAUGCCAACAUCAGUGGCAUACAUCGGGACCGGACAGAUUAUGGGUUGGGGUAACAAGGCCAUCGAGAUCAGAAAUGUCGAAACCGGCCAUUUGGAUGGUGUCUUUAUGCAUAAAAAAGCACAAAAAUUGAAAUUUCUAUGUGAAAGGAAUGAUAAGGUGUUCUUUUCUUCAGCUAAAGGUGGUUCAUCUUGUCAAAUAUAUUUCAUGACUCUUAAUAAGCCCGGAAUGGCAAACUGGUAACGUUGUACAAUAUAAUAAAUCACAGUUCAUAGACUAUGUUUGUGAGAAGUACCGAAGGUAGUUUUAUAUAACGUUGCUUUUCCACGAAACAAGAGAAGCAAGGAAUUUUUAAAUAACUCUACUCUGCAGCACCUCUACUGUAUAAAUUUCGUUUGUUUUAUACUUUGCUCAACAUUCUUAACAAUGAGUUUUUAUCAUUCAAUACAAUUAUCCUUUGUUAUUUGAUAAUGUACAUAAAAGUAGUUCUCUC